UUAAGCUGAGCGCCUUUCAGAAAGAGGAUUUAUUGGAUAAAUGAAAGGUUAACCAAAAAUUGUGGAAAAUUGGCGUGAAAAAACGAAUUCGACAUGCGUAAGGAAAAUACAUAGAUUUUUCAUAUAUACAUAUGACUGACGGUUUGUGAUAAAGGGAGCGUAUUUGUUUGACUUUCUUCCCAGAGAGAAAUUAUUAUUGACGUCGAUUGUAAUGGAAAGGACUGCGAGGUAGCAAUCAGCUGAUUGGUCGUUCGUAAUUAAUUAAAGCGCAUUUUAGUUUGGCUCAUAGAAAGCUUUGCCAGUUAACAAAAGUAUCUCAUAAUGAUUGAAGCACUGUAACACUAUGGGAACAACGCACGAUAAGCGAUAUGAAUAGAAGAGAGUAAUAGAGAAGAACCACUACUACUUAUUCAUGUUCUAAGGUAACAAAUUUUCAAGCUCGGAGGAAAAAUAUAAAUACGAUGAAAAUAUAUAGGCAAUUAUAAACAUUUCAUCAUAAGUUAAGUUCUUCAUAAGAAGUUGAAAGAGAAAAGGACAUGUAAAGUAAUAUCAGAAAUAGUAAUGCACAAUGGAAACUAACGAAGAAAGUGAUUUGAAUGAUCUACGAUCCAGCGUUUAUACAUUCCCUUCUUCUGUACAAAAUGUGAUAGAUCAAGUAUUAUCCAGUGAUGAUCCAUUGGACGAAGCAAAUUUCACUGUCGUUAAUUAUAUAAACUCUCUAUUUCCAACUGAACAAUCUUUGUCUAACAUUGAUGAUGUAAUGAAUGAGAUGGAACAAAAAAUCCAUACAAUUGACAAAGAGAUGAGUGCUGUUGUAUGCGGACAAACAGAUAUAGGUCAAGAUGGGAAAGCAGCACUGGAGGAUGCUCAAAAAGUAAUUAAACAAUUAUUUGUUCAUAUCAAAGAUAUAAAGGAUAAAGCAGAACAAUCAGAAGAGGAAGUUAAAGAGAUCACAAGAGAUAUUAAACAAUUAGAUUUUGCUAAAAGGAAUCUUGUAACUUCUAUAACAACAUUAAAUCAUCUACAUAUGCUUGUCGAAGGAGUUGACACAUUAAAAACAUUAAUACAAAAGAAACAAUAUGGAGAAAUCAUUUUACCGUUACAAGCAGUGACAGAAGUAAUGGAGCACUUUAAUGGUUACAUGGAUAUACCAGAAAUUAAACAAUUAUCAGAUGAGGUUCGACAAAUACAUAUUGAGUUAGCUCAACAAAUUACAACAGAUUUCAAAGAAGCAUUUUCUGGACAAAACCCAAAGUAUUUUAAUCAACUGACAGAUGGAUGCGUAGUAUUAUCUUUAUUGGAUCCAAAAGUGAAGAAAGAUUUGCUAAUAUGGUUUAUAGAUAUUCAAUUAAAAGAGUAUGCACACAUAUUCGAUGAAAAUCAAGAUUACGCAUGGUUGGACAAGAUAGAUAAACGAUAUGCAUGGCUCAAGAAACACUUGCUUGACUUUGAAUCAAAGUUCGGUACUAUCUUUCCAUCUGAUUGGGAAGUAUCUGAACGAAUUGCCAUUCAAUUCUGUUAUGUUACAAAUGAAGCUUUGACCAAACUAAUGCAUAAAAGACGUUCGGAGAUAGAUGUUAAAUUGUUACUAUAUGCGAUUCAGAGAACUGCAAAUUUUGAAUCAUUAUUAGCCAAACGUUUUACUGGUAACAAAUUAUCUAUUGAUAAUCCUGUAGUAUCGGUUGAAAAUAAAAAUUCAACUGUAAAUAAUGCAGACGAUAAAACGUCUAAAAAUCCAUUUGAGGAAAGUGAACAGGUGGAACAUCAAAAACCAAAAGCAUCCCCUUUCAUAAAUCUUAUAGGAAGUUGUUUCGAGCCAUACUUGUAUAUAUAUAUCGAUAGUUUAGACCGUAAUUUAGCAGAUUUAAUGAAUAAAUUUGUAUCUGAUUAUAAAGCUCAGCCCCCAGGAGCCAAAGAUUUUGAUGGCAAUGAAGGCUCCAAUAGUGUUCUGUCCUCUUGUGCUGAUCUAUUCGUCUUUUAUAAGAAAUGUAUAUUGCAAUGUACACAACUUAGUACAGGGAUAAUAAUGCUGAGCCUUGCUAAAACUUUUCAAAAAUAUUUACGAGAAUACGCCGUAAAGAUACUUCAAAAUAAUUUACCCAAGAGCGGAAGCAGCCUAGGAAUUGGUACGAGUAUGAGUAGUAUAACACGAGACUUCCGUGACUUAUCAACAUCUGGAUUUAUACAGAAUGUUCAAAAUUUCUUAAAAGAAGGUGAAAAUACUAAGUUUUGUAAAGAAGAACAAGCACGUAUUUGUUGCAUUUUGACAACGGCUGAAUAUUGUUUAGAAACAACACAACAAUUGGAGGAAAAAUUACGUGAAAAAACGGAUCAAUGUUAUGCGAAAAGGAUUAAUUUAUCUCAAGAGCAAGACAUUUUUCACGAUGUUAUUUCUGACUGUAUCUUGUUACUAGUUCAAGAUUUAGAAGCGGCCUGUGAUUCUGCCUUAUCUGCAAUGACUAAGAUGCAAUGGAGCUCCAUAGAGACGGUCGGAGACCAAAGUAAUUAUGUUAAUACGAUAGUAGUGCAUUUGCGGCAGAUGAUACCCUCAAUAAGAGAUAGAUUAUCUUCCUGUAGAAAGUAUUUCACACAACUAUGUGUAAAGUUUGCAAAUUCUUUUAUUCCCAAAUUGGUGCAACAGUUGUAUAAAUGUAAACCGUUAAGUGCAGUAGGAGCAGAGCAAUUAUUGCUCGAUGUUUACAUGCUGAAAACAGCCCUUUUAGAAUUACCUUGUACGGGUUAUCAAGUUCAAAGGAAAGCACCUGCUUCUUACGCAAAGAUAGUAGAUAAAGGUAUGGCAAAUGCUGAAAUGAUUCUUAAAAUUGUAAUGUCACCGGUAGAUUCUCCUGCUGACUUUGUAAAAGGAUGUAAGAUGCAUUUGCCAGAUUUACAAGCACCAGAAUUUCAAAAAAUUUUAGAUAUGAAGGGUUUGAAAAGAACGGAACAAGUUCUAUUGACAGAACAAUUCAAGCAACCAGAAGGUUCAGAUGCAUCAUUAACUUCAAGAAAUAAUACCAUUCAAGAAAGCCCUGAGCAUGAGGCAGGUCGAAUUAGAAAAUUAGAAAAACUUAUUAAAAAAAGAAUCUAAAUUACUUUUGCCAUUUUUUCUUCUUCUUUUUUUUCUCAUAACGAUACCUGUUUUUUUCCUUAAGUAAAUACUGAAACUUCUUUGCGGGAGAUUAAAAAUUCAUUGCUUAUUCUUA